GCGGUCAGUAAUAAUUGCCUCCCGGGUUCGAUUCCUGCCCCUGACCUUUUGUAAUUUACCUCUCUAUGGAGUUGUGGGAUCGGCUUCAUGGGGCGUGAGAUUAGUCACGAAGCGUAAAACACACGUGGAUACCUGGCGAUAUUCAAAAAAUAAAAAAAAACAAUAAAAGAGGGGCAUAGCCGCGCUAGAGUUAUAGUCAAACCCAGCCGCGAUAGGAGAUAACGAAGCCUCCGCUUCUGAUUGGACCGUGCUUUACACGUGGCUGCUGGAGCGUGAUACCACAGCGCCCAAAAUAAUAGCCCCGUUCCCUCUGUCCUUUAUUUUACUAACAAAGAAAACACAAACCACCAACACGAGCUGCAGCACCAACGCUUCAACCGCCACGGCCACCUGACCGGCGCCGCUACUGGCUAGAGAGAGAGAGAGAGAGAGAGUGGGGUAGAGAGAGAGGAAGAAGUAGAAAAAGUGAAAAAAAAAAAAAAAAAAAUGAAAGCCCAAUGACGGAAUCCAUCUGAGAACGCCAAAAUCAUGUCUUUUUGUGUUCUCAAAGCACAUAAUUUCAACGUAGAAAGCAGGGUCUAGGGCUUCUGGUACAAAAUCUUCUGGUGGAGGACAUUGUUCCAGUGAAAUUUUAAUUGGGUUUCUAUAGGUUGUUGAGCUCUCACUUUCCCAUCUCGAUCGUUGCUUUGUUACUUCAUAGGUUUGACUCUACUUGAAGCAACCGCCCAACGGUCCCUGUCUCCCUCUACAGCUCUUUCCCUGUUAUGGGUUUCCUUUCUUUUUCUGGGAUCGUUGGAAGUCAGCCAAAGCAAGAACGCCUGGUCGACGAGAACUGGAGUUGAAUUUUGAGAUGGUAUGUUUUGAUUCUGAUAUGGCUGUGACGGAAAAUUCAGAUUUUUGCCGGUUGGAGAGGUGGAGGUUAGGGGUUUUGGGUCGGGUUCUCUUCUGUUUAUGGGUUGCUCUCUUGUGUUUUAAGCCCGUGGAGGGGCUCAGGCCACUGAGGGAGAGGGCUCGUUCGUGGGGCGACGAGUGGCUAUUUAUUAGAAAGGAUGAGAAUGAAUUGGGUCCAUUUUCUACUUGGAACAUAACUGGAACCUACAGAGGUUCUUGGAGGUUCCUAGAUUCUUCAAAUAUAUCUUCAAGGUUUCCAGAUUUUAGGAAAUCCAGUGGCAAUUCGAUCUUUGAAUUAGUUACUACGCCGACCAAAAUAACUGGUGUACAUUAUGUUCAGGGAGUAAUUAUAUUCCAUGAUGUGUUUGACAAUGAAGUUGGUGAUGCUCGAAUAAAGGUAGAAGGUGUAUAUAUAUGGCCUUUUAGGCAACUUCGAAUGGUUGCCAGCAGCAAAGAGGGAGAGUUAAGCCAGGAAGAGGAUUAUAUUUUAUCUAAUCCAUAUCACUUGGUGUUUCAAGAGUCUCCUCGAGAUAAGAUGCGGAGAAGGAAACACUCACCUGUAUAUGAGAUGGAGAAACACUGUAAUAUAGAAAUUGCGGCACAGAUUUCACGUGUUUCAUCCAAUAAAAUUGAUGGAGAUCGGGAUCAUUAUCAUGUAGAAGGAUUAAUGGAGAGUCCUUCAGUGGAUGAUGAUGGAGAUUGCUUCUCACCUUUGCUAUUAAAUGCAAGUUCUGUCAACAUUGAGGUUUACUACAACAAAGCAGUGAACUAUACCUUGAUGGUCACCUUUGUUUCUUUCCUUCAAGUUCUUCUAUUAAUUCGGCAAAUGGAACAUAGCAACACUCAAUCUGGGGCUGCCAAGGUUUCGAUUUUAAUGAUUGGGCAACAAGCUAUAAUGGAUGCUUAUCUAUGUCUUCUGCAUUUGACUGCGGGAAUACUAGUUGAGUCAUUAUUUAAUGCUUUCGCGACUGCUGCAUUUUUCAAGUUUGUAGUGUUCUCAAUUUUUGAGAUGAGAUAUCUCCUUGCUAUUUGGAAGGCAAGUAGGCCUAUGAAUAAUGGAGAAGGUUGGGAGACAAUGAGGCGUGAACUUUCAGUUCUUUACAGCCGUUUCUACGGUAUCCUUUUGGGGGGAAUUCUGAUCAUGUAUGAGUUUCACAAUUUUCUGCGGCCUAUUCUUCUCCUUAUGUACUCCUUUUGGAUACCUCAAAUAAUCACCAAUGUUAUUCGCGAUUCAAGAAAACCUUUGCAUCCUCAUUACAUCUUAGGAAUGACAGUUACCCGGCUAGCAAUCCCGCUAUAUAUAUUUGGCUGCCCUAACAACUUCAUGCGCAUUGAGCCUGACAAGAAUUGGUGUAUUUGUUUGUGUAUAUUCAUGGGACUCCAAGCAUCAAUUCUUCUUCUGCAGCACUAUUUUGGAUCUCGUUGGUUCAUUCCUCGCCAGAUCCUGCCUGAGAAAUAUAGCUAUCAUCGAAGGAUCAAUCAGGGUACAAAUCAUGGUACAGAUUGUGUCAUUUGCAUGACUGCCAUUGAUGUCAGGCAGCAUUCUAAUGAUUGUAUGGUUACACCGUGUGAUCAUUUUUUCCAUUCUGGUUGCCUGCAAAGGUGGAUGGAUAUUAAGAUGGAAUGUCCGACGUGCAGGCGCCAGCUACCACCAGCCUAGGGAGUUCUUCCACUUUUUGUUUAUAUCAUUUAGGAUCAGCUAACAUUGUCCAACCUGUAAAUUGUGGUAAUAUAUUUAUUUUUUACGAAUAUGGAUUUAGAGUAAUUUUUUUUAUCAACAAUUUAGAGUUGUUAGAGCUUUGAAAGUUUUCAAAAUUCUGAUUAGUUUCAUUGAAAAGUGAAGCAUGUUGUUAUCUGUAAUUUGAUUACAGUGGAGCACCAGUGAUGAAAUUUGAACACUAUAAAGUUCGUAUUCAAUUUUGGAAGAAUGUCUAUAAAGAAAAAAUAUAUGCAAUUUUUAGUGAUUGCAAUGCCUUUUUCAUUAUUGCUCUUUGUUUUGCACACGUGUAUCCACUAUUUUGAUCAACGUUUUCCCACAGGCGAAAACCAAGAUGAUUCUGGUUGACAACGCUCUGGAAGAUGGCUGAGAUAUCACAUGAUUUUUAGAACAUCACAGAUGGCGCAAGAUAGAUUAUAGUCAACAAAAUUCAUGUAUUGUUUUGUAUAAUGUGUAGAAUAUGUUUUUAUUUUUGGCAAUUAAUAACAGGUGCAAAUCAUUUCUAUUCCA